AUGGCCCGAUCCAACUCAUCAGUACACAGCCCACAAAAGACCCAGCAGAAAUUGACUGAGGAAGAGCUGCUGGUCUUACAAUCUCACCUAGAGGAAUGGAAGGAAGUCACUGGUAAGGAUAGAAAAGCAAUUCUGAGUACGGUCAUAAAAGAGGCCAAGAUGCAAGCCCCUAAGAUGGAUGCCCGGCUGUUGAAGAGAAGGAAAUCUAUGUACUGGGACUGGUUAUAUAACCGGAGAGCUGAAAGACUCUCAAAAAAGAGAGCAAGUUUCAGUAAGAAAUGGACUGCCCAUGUUGAUGAUAGAGCAGCCAGUACGAGAAGGAAAUCCUUGACAAAACUGGAGCAAGGCCAGGAGGGAAGGAAAUGA